AUGGCGAGGACAGUGUUGACAGAAGACAAACUGAGAAAGAUAACACUUGGGGUUUACCAGCUUAAACAGACACCACUUUAUGCAAAAGAACACAUUAAUAAUGAAAAUAAAUACCAGCUCCAAGUGUGCAAAAUAAAAGAAAACCUUCUGAAGGUUUAUGCAUUGUCACGUUGUCCAGAAUCCUUGUCAACUGUAGUAAAUGUAGUAAGCUGUCCUAAAAAUAAAGCGGAAUGGGAAAGACAAUCAAAGCAGAAAGAUUGUUCAAAAGUCUUCCAAUCUUGUGUUAAACCAGAAGACUUUUUAUACCACUGUCUAAUAAAUGAGUACAUGAAUAUGACAAUUGAAGUCUGCGCACCUUCGGUUUCUAUAUUAGGUCAAAAGUGUGCGGAAUUCAAUACGGUUGGGGCAAUUGUUCAGGACAACGUCUAUGCCAAAUGCGAUGACUCGGAUCCACCGUGUCCAUUCAGAUACAACUCAACCGAUUUGUACAAGUAUCAAAGGUGUUAUAGCUACAUCAAAAGCACAAACAACACACACGUUUUACCAAGUUGUUCUGAUGACACAAGGAGUCCCACUGAUUUCAGAAGUGGGAGGUAA